AGCCUAGCCAGCAAACAGCUCCAGUUGUGUCACAUAGACUCGUGCUCUGGGGCGGAGGGACUUACAGCAGCGAAGUACAGCAAGCAAGACACCUGGAGGCUGAGCCAGGUCCGGACAACUUGAGCUCCAAGGCAAGGACUUGCUUUCUACCCUCGCCCUCCCGUGAUGGAAUACUGCUAGGAGAGGGGGGCGAAGAGAGGCCUUCAGCUUUGCCAAGUGCCUGGCUCUGUUACUCUCCCACCUCCUCUGCGCACACCUUCCCAUCGGCCAGAGGCAGUAGCGCUGCCGGGCUGACCCAGAGAGCGGCAGGGAGUCGCAGGGAGAGGAGUACAGGCUCCUCAGAAUGAAGAGGGCAGCGCCAGGUGGCCGAGAGUAGCGGCCGAGGCUGGGGGUGGGGGCUUCUGCCUGAGCCCUGACGUAAAGACUAAGCGGGGCUGCCCGCUCCGGCUUCUUAAGGAGCGCAGCGGCGGGCGCGGAGAGCCCUGUCCUGCGCGGCCCGCCCUGCUCGUCCGAGUGCACAGUGACGUGAUGGACAUUGGGAGCAAAGGAAGUAUCCGCUGCAACAUGAGGCUCACGUACACUCUGCUAAUCAUGGGAGCAUUCUGCAUGACACCAUUCCUCAGUCAAACUGAUCCACUAGCACUUGGACGAGCAGACCCUCAAUGCUGGGAAUCUUCCUCAGCUGUCUUACUGGAGAUGAAGAAGCCACGCAUUUCUGACUCCGUCAGUGGCUUUUGGGACUUCAUGAUCUUCCUAAAAUCAUCAGAGAACUUGAAACAUGGGGCACUGUUCUGGGACCUGGCUCAGAUCUUCUGGGAUAUCUAUGUGGAAUGUGUGCUCUCUAGAACCCAUGGUCUAGGGAGAAGGCAGUUAGCAGAAGCUGAACAGAUUACUAUUCUACAUUCACAGUUCACAGGGAAAAAAAAAGGGACAUUUUCUCAUAUUCAGAGGUCAUCUGUUCUGAAGAAGAAAGACAUGUUUGAAGAUUUGAUAAGUAUUCACAUGCAUAAGAGUAGAUCAGCGUUACUCAGAAUCAUUGGAGAACUAGGGGAAAAGAGGAACUGGUACAUUUAGUCCAAAAUCUUGUAGAUGUUUUUUAACUACUUCUCUUUGAUUUUUGUAUUUUUAUGUUCACUGAUGCCAACUUACAUGGUGGAAGAAGGUCUACAACUAUGAACAUUGUAUCUCUGACUAGUAUGGACUUUUUAAAAA